CAGGAACCGUCAGUUUAUAGCAGGAAGCGCUGAGACAUUGGAGAGAAGAAACGCCUUUGUGCCAGCUUAUUAGAAGUGAAGAUGGCUGAGGGAAAAAUAGGUGCCAACCUUGGGGGCAACAUUGGCGCGGGUGCGGGCAUCCUUGCUAAACGCUUUCAGAAAUCAAUGAACAGAGCUCAAGAGAAGGUCCUGCAAAAGUUGGGGAAAACCAUGGAGACUAAAGAUGAGCAGUUUGAGGAGAGCUCUGCCAACUUGAACAAACAACAGGCAGAUGGCAUCCGGCUCUAUAAGGAUGUUAAGGCUUACUACAAUGCUGUUAAAGUGAUGCAUGAGUCAUCCAAACGCCUAUCCCAGACUCUCAAAGAUAUCUAUGAAUCUGACUGGCACGGUGUAGAAGAUCUGCCUGUCAUUAUGGAGAGUGAGGAUCUCCUGUGGAAUGACUAUGAGGAGAAGCUGAGUGAUCAAGUUGUUCGAACAAUGGAGAAUUAUACUGGACAGUUCCAAGAUGUCAAAGAAAGAGUGGCUAAACGAGGAAGGAAGCUGGUAGACUAUGAUUCAGCUCGACACCAUCUGGAGGCACUACAGAACUCCAAGAAAAGAGAUGAGGCAAAAAUAACCAAGGCAGAGGAGGAGUUCAAUAAAUCCCAGGAGGUAUUUGAAGACAUUAACAAGGAGCUGAGAGAGGAGUUACCUGUUCUUUAUCAGAGCCGUAUUAGCUGCUAUGUUACCAUGUUUCAGAACAUCUCAAACCUGCGGGACGUCUUCUACAAGGAAAUGAGCAUGUUGAAUCAUGACAUUUAUAAUAUGAUGAAGAAGCUUGAGGAUCAGCACUCAACCAAACCCUUCAUUGUCAAAGGCCUUAACAGCACGAAAUCUAAGAAGAGAAAAUCUGUUACUAUCUCCGCUCCGAUCCCGUGUAACACCGCCUUCCCUCCUGAUCAUCCUGCCAUGAGCAAACUCAGCAUGCCUGACACUCUCACACACAAAGACACGCACUCAGACAUUCCCUCAAAGAGCACAUGGAGUGCUUCAUCUGAAAUAUCAGACUCUGAAUCCAACUCCUUUGACAGUGAACCCAAUACACCCAAACGGCAGUCUUUGUGCUCAGAGGGUGAAGGGGUUAAGUCUGAGAGAGCCAGUGAAACUGAAUCAAAAACUAGCACUGAUGAAUCAGUACACACAAAUAGCCAGGAACAUCUGACACAAAGUUUGGCAUCCACUGAGCAGGCUGAAGAGGAUGAGAGAAAAUCAGUAGCUUCAUCUGAAGACACUCGUAUAUCAGAAGACACCCAGCAUGCAUCUACAGAUGGCGACGAUGAGUCUAAGCCCUUAUCAGCUGAUGAAGACAAUAUUGUUCCUGUUCCCACUCCUCGACGACCCAGCACCUCCAAGAAAAUUGAGGAAAAGAUGGAUGAAAAUACGACAGGAGGUAGUGAGUUGGAGAAAGCAAAGGAAGUCGUCAAAGGCCAAAAGGCAGAGUACGAAAAUCCUCCCGGUUUCCUCUACAAGGCUGUUGCCCUGGAGAGUCAGGACUCGGAUGAAGGUGUGCUUCUGCAGUUUGAAAAGGGAGAUGUGAUCCUUAUAUAUGUUGAUGAAGAAGAUAAGCCGGAGGGCACCAUCUGGGCCGUGAGAGAGCAGGACUGGAUCCAGUACAAGGACCUAACCCUUCUCUCAGGCAUUGUCCAGGAGACCUUGAUCCAGCGCAUCACCUCUGACUAAAACAUGUUCUGAAGUCACAACUUUGGAUGCAGGAUGGCAUCAUAUGAACCAGAGCUCCCCAAACUGCCUGCUGCAACACUGUCUGAGUGCCAUCAUGACUGAUGUUGUAAUAUGAACGCCGUCUAACCUUUGCUCUGGACAUGAAAGACAAUCUGUUGACUUAAGGAUAUAGUGUCCUUACAACUUCCUGUUGCCUCAAGACAGCCACACACUCUGUUUUCAGAUUUUUCAUUGUACUUUGUGUCUUUUUCUUUUAUAGAUUUGUAAUAUUGAUCACUGCAUUUGUGUUGUUUGUGGUUUUGGAAUGUUCAUUGUCUCAUUUGCAUAAACGUAGCCACUUAUUUUGAAUCAGGAAAAAAAUUUGUUUGGACACACUGAAGAUCACAACAGUGUGUAUGUACUAUGCAAAAAAAAUAUUUCCAAAGCAUUUUUAAGCAUUGAGUAUUAAUAGAUUUUCUGGUGUUUUGUUGAAUUUGAUGUGGUUGUUCCAAAGGUCCUGUCUCCAUAUGUGUUUUAAGAGUGUAAUGAUGUGGUGUAUGUUGUUUCUGAUAAAGUUCACAGUGUUAAAGAUGUAUUUUUUUUAGCAAUUAACUACCAAGCUCUUCAGUGUUUACAGGACCAAAAAAAUGUGUUAAUGUAAGUAGGUGUCUCAUAACUGUGAAGCAGUUUUCUUAUAUGAAUAACAGAGAAAAUAUAUAGUUUUACUACAAUAAAGUUGACAGUUGAUAAAAGAAA